AUGGUCCGACUCGCAGAUAUCUUCACUGGUCACGAAGGGAAAGCUUACGGCAGCACCCCUGGAGACUGGUCCAGCGAGACGGUCAGGCAGCUAGGAAGUACCGUCUCCGGCCUUACUGCUGAUGAAAUCAAAACUCUGAAACUGAACAGUACUGACGUCAUGUACUCGAUUGGUAAACAUGGUAAACUCUCAGGAACUAAGUUGGUUGCGGGUUUCGGACGCUGGGCAGAACUUGCAAAGGGUGGCGAUGUCUCCAAGCUGAGCUCGGCUGAACUGAAGGGUAUGGGACAUUUCCCGUGCGGGGCCACUGCGGACCAGAUCGAAAACAUCACAGCGGCUGCAUAUGCAGGGGCAGCCAACACGAUCGGAGGCCUUGACAGCUGCGCAAUAGCGCAGGUGACCGGUUUCGCUCAGAAGGCCAAGGAAGUCUACGGUGAUGACGUAUCCAAGUGGUCAACAUCCGUUGUGAAAGAUAUGGGCAACAUGGUUGGCGGUCUUGGAAAAUCGGACUUGGCCAAACUUUCAACUGACCAGAUUUCCGUAAUUUCGACAACAUCCAUUAAGAAUAUUCCUCCAGUGAAUUUCGCUGGGUUUACAGCAGAGCAGUUGCUUGGAAUGAGUACGAACCAGGCCAAGUCGGUCGAAAACGAUCAGCUGCUUGCCUUAGAGCCUGCUCAGGUCGAAGCCCUUGGCACUGCUUCCGGCGGCACUAUCACUGUCGUUAAUAACAAUGGAGGAGGAAAUAAUGGGGAAGGAGGUGGCAAUGCUGCUCCCGAGACCGUGUCGACUUCCGCCAUGCUGAUUAUCACCUCCGCACUUCUGGCUCUUGCGUGGUCGAGUCAAACUGUGCUCUAG